UGAUGAUGAGAGGCUCUUGCAGUUCAUCUCUGGUACCCCUCACUGCAAGACUGCAAGUCCAGCCUCUUUGCACCAGGAUUGAUGCCUCCGGUGGCUUUUUGGUGAGCUGGACGCGACGGGACAGCAGGACACCAGUGUCUGACCUCUGGUAAUACUCGGCGUCUCACCACAGGAGAGAAAUUACACAAUAAUCAGAUAAAGGGAUUGACCGCACUAACCCCAUCAGCAUCUCCAAAGAGAAUCUCCCUGUUCUCCUCCACUGCUUCAGCCUUUAAAACCCAAGGACCCUGAGGAAACCAUGUCGAGGAGAAAGAUGAGAGGCCUGACCCGUACGGGCCGUCAGGUCAGUGAGGACCCAGACCUGGAUAACCUGCUGUCCACCCUCUCCCCUGAGGAGGUUGAGGAGCUGGAGAAGGAUAUGAUGAAAGUGCCAGACCUAACCCCAGAGGAUGGGAAGGUUAUCAUCCAAGGGGAGAGCCAACUGGCGCAGCCACCCACAAGCAACAACGUCCGGGGUGCUAAACUGGACGGCAGACGGGAGACCGAUCCUAAAGGGAGGCUCAGUCAGAGGGAACAGUCAUUUGAGGGUGAGUCAAAGAAGGAGAGCCGGAAGCAGGAAUAUCUGAGGAAGAUGGGCCUAAGCCAGGAGGGGAAUGAUGAUGUUAAAGUGGAGUUGCGAAGACAAGCUAGUGUCUCCAGCGAAAAAGACAUGAAGGUGGAUGACAGAAACAGCAAAGACAGUUCGAAAGAGGAGCGAAGUCGGCUGUCAAGUAGAUACCGGAAGCAGGAGAGCAAGGAGAGCGAUGCAAAUGAUGAGACCAAGGAGAAAGAGAAACAAGAGGAAAGUAAGGUAAGAGACAGAAGAGAAACCAGACAGAGCACAGGAAGCAAAACAUUGGAUAUGAUCUCAAAGUUACAGGAGAAAAAGGAUGACAGCAGAGAGAAGGAGAAGAAGGACGACGGCAGGAGAAAAGAUGACAGCAAAACCAAAGAUAUUAUCUCAAAGCUGCGAGAAAAACAAGAGAAGGAUGUGGGCAAGGAAAAGGAAAGAAGAUCGGAGGGUCUCAGGACACAAGGACUUGUCUCUAAAAUGUUGGAGAAGCAGAGCAAGGUACAAGAGAACCAGGCGCCGGAGGGUAGAUCCGAAGAGAAGAAGCCCAAAGCAGAGGAGAAGAAAGCUGAAGAUAAAAACAAGCCUGACGUCAAACUUGAGCGACAACCAUCCAAGAGGGGCGAGGUGCAGGUGAAACAUGACAAGUCGGAGAAAAGAACGGAUAGAGAAGAGCUGGUUAACCACAGUGACCAUGUGAAGGAGAAGGAGAAGAUCAGCACAGAGAAGAAAGUUGGGGAGAAAGAGGAAAGCUUAGGGAAAGUGAAAAAAGCUGAGAAUAGUGAGAAACUCAGCAACUGCGUGGCCAAAAACACCCCGAACAGCAAGGCCAAAGAGGAAGAGGAGGAGGACGAAGACUCCAGCAUGUUUGACGAGCUGAUGGAGCAGGUACGAAGCAACGACCCCUCCCUCACUGAGCUCAACGUCAACAACUCGGAGGUCAUCAAGACGAAAACGCUCAUUGAGUUUGCAGAAGCUUUGCACAAGAACACCAACGUCAAAAAGGUUGCUUUGGCCAACUGCCGUGCGGACGACCACGUGGCUUAUGCCAUCGCAGGCACGCUACGCAGCAACACAUCCAUCACCAGCAUCAACCUGGACUCCAACCACCUCACUGGUAAGGGCAUCCUGUCUCUGAUCCAGGCGCUGCAGCACAACUCCACACUGACCGAGCUCCGCUUUCAGAACCAGCGUCACAUCUGUGGUGGAAAGACUGAGAUGGAGAUGACCAAGAUCUUGAAAGAAAACACCACCCUGCUCAAACUGGGAUACCACUUUGAACUCGCUGGUCCCAGGAUGACGACGACAAACAUACUGAGUCGCAACAUGGACCGACAGAGGCAGAAGCGGCUGCAGGAGCAGAAGCAGGCGCAGGCCAACGGGGAGAAGAAGGGGACUCUGGACGUGCCCAAGACGGGUGGUGGAGGAUCUCUGAGAAGCUCGCCCAAAGCUUCACCCAAACCAUCUCCAAUACCUUCGCCAAUGCCAUCACCGAAGCUGACUCCUAAAAGAGGAGCUGGAGGCCCAACUCCACCGCCACCUCCACCUCCUCCUGGGGGUGGACCUCCACCGCCACCGCCUCCUAUGCUGAAUGUAGACUCCCUGCGGAACUCUCUGACUCCGGUUUCGCAGAGGAAGCUGGAUGGGAAAGGCCCAGCCGGUAAUAAGAACUCAAGGGACCAACUGCUCGCCUCGAUCAGAGGAAGCAAUAUGAAACAACUCAAGAAGGUGCCGGUGCCAAAGUGGUUGCAGUAAUAUUUCCUGUUGGAAUCUUAAGUGAAAAAGAGGAGCGGAGGAGAACAGACAUCUCACCACAGGUUUUCAAGGAGAUACAGUAAACUCUACAUUCCCCCGGGAUGCAGUCGAAGAGCUGUGCUGUGGGACGGAUGGAGAAAAGCAAAACGUGAGAUGUUCAAUCGGGUUGGACGACUAGCCCUCACUAUGAGUUCUCCCCUCAAACACUGGACCAAAAGGACUCUGUGGAGAAUGAGUGAUGCGGGGCUUUCUAUUAGCCGACUGCAGUGAGCGCCAUGAUUUUUUUUGUGGUUGUUUGUCUUCAGUUCAUAUUGACGCUUUGCUGGUUAUUUGCACUAGAUAAAAUGAAGCCGAUCAUAUAACAUGUGGGCUUGUGUAUGCAUCUGAAUGUGAGCGUGGUGGGAGCGUGUGUUGAGCUUAAUAAGUGAUUCAAAUAACUCUUUAUAAAAUUCUAAUAUACGAAAGUUUAUCAGUAAUAUAGUGGACAUUAAUUUGACCAUUUAUUUAUUUGUGACGUCUGUGGGAAUCCACCUUAUACUUGUAAAUCCGUUCAAACUGGGAAUUAUGAAAUGGCGGAAAUAUCAGGGAAUUUAACAAACAUGGCGGCCUGACUUAAGAAAAUCUGGGUGAGAAAAAAAAAACAAAAGGUCAAGGUGGUCUUUGAUUGUGUGUCUCAUUGCAAAAUCUCAAGACAUCUCAGGCAGAGUUUAAUGAAUUGGAAAGCUGCCCAGUGGAAUCCUGGCGCAUGGCGAAAGAGUUAGAGCAUGGAAAUAAUUACAUCAUGCAUUUUUAUUUUAUCAGGAAGUUAAAAUGGCUGCCCUUCAAGCAUCUGAUGCUAUAUUUUGUACAGAAUCAAUCUAGCCUGGGUUGUUUGCAUACCUUACAUAAUUUGUAAUGUAAUACACCGACAUGUCUUAAUCUGAGGGGGAUUUGGAAAACUGUCACUGGCUUGAUAUCAACCCCGCUGUUGAUUUACGCCAUUCUAAAAGUGAAUGUCAUUUUCUAAAGGACUUUACUAUGGUAAACGAAAAUCAGAGUGGCACUCACAUAUGUUCACAUAUGUACUGUGUAACAAAAGAUGCAUAAUCUGAUUACACAUGCCUUUCUUACAGAGCCUGUAUGUCUUCAAUAAAAGAUUAUGGUUAUGUUGCAAUGACAAGUCCCAAGUGUUA